AUGUCUUUGACCCCAACCGAUUCAACAGCUCCUCCACCUUAUUACACUCUCCUUGACCCACCAUUACCACCCCAUCUGAUCUUAUCUGAUGUCAGGAUCAAUAAGAAAAUUGACAUCCAUCAAGACAAACAAUUGAAAUCGCUGCGAUCGUUUGUAGAUCUAUUUAAAGAGCGUAAAUCUUUCUGGAUAGAAAUUGCAGUAUUAGAUAGGCUUUAUUACAAAAAUCUGAAUCAGCAACGCCCCUUUCAUCGAUUUAAGCGAAGUAUGGAACUUCGACGUUUGGUGAAACGAUUAAAGAUGAUGAAGUUGGAAAAAGAGUUGGAAAGGCUAUAUCGCUCUUUUUGGAAUGCAAAGAGGUAA